UUCCGGAGGCUGUGGCUGUCAGCGCGCUGCUCGUCAGAUCCUGGGGUUGGAUUGUGCUUCUCGGAAGGUGGAUGCGGAGCUAAGCUCCCAGACUGCACUAUGGAUUUCCAAGAGCAACAAAAGAUGGAUAAAUCUCCAGAAUUGGUGUCAUUUGAGGAUGUGGCUGUGGACUUCACCUCAGAGGAGUGGAGGGACUUGAAUGAUGCUCAGAGGACUUUGUACAGGGAUGUGAUGCUGGAGACGUAUGGCAGCCUGGUUUCACUGGGGCGCUGCAUUAGUAAACCUGACAUGAUCCUCAAGUUGGAGAAAGGAGCAGAGCCAUGGAUGAUAGAAGAACACCCAAACCAGAGCCUCCCAGAUGUCCAGGUAAUCAUUGACCUAAUUGAGAGGAGCCAAGAAAGUCAUGGUAGAUGCUUGUGGCAGGGUGUAACCAUCAAUGGCAACCGAUCAACUGAGGAGAGAGUGGAGUUAAGAAAAUCAUUUAAUUUGAGUUCAAAGCAUAUUUUAAAUUUGGUUGUAAAUAAUGGAAACUAUUCAGGAGUGGGGCAUGAGGAGUUUAACAUAUGUCAGAAUGCACUUCUUCCAGAGACUGAUGCCAUGCAUGCUGGAGAGAAACCUGAUGAGUACAAUAUAUGUGAGAAAUCACAGAGACAUCAGGAGCAUCUUAUUCAGCACUGCAAGAUUCCAACUGGGCAACUUUUUGAAUGUAGUGGAAAAGGAAAAUCCUUCAACACAGUGCCAAUUAUAUCUACAUAUAAGAAGAAUCUUAUGGGUGAGACCACCUGUAAAUAUAGUGAAUAUGAAAAUGCCUGUAAUAAGUCAGCUGUUAUUGCCCAAGAGAUAACUCAGGUAGAGAAGAAAGCUUUUCAGUGUGAUGUAUGUGGGAAAAUGUUCUAUAAAGAGGCUAAACUUACUCAACAUCAGAUUAUACACACAGGAGAGAAACAUGAAAAAUGCAGUGAAUGUCAGAAAUCUUUUACUAAGAAAUCAUGCCUUAUCUCAUAUCAAGGAACAUCUACAGGGAAGAAGCUUUAUUUAUGUAACAAACAGGAGAAAUUUUUCUAUCAGAAAUCAGGCCUUACUGUGCCUCACAGAAUUCACACAGGGGAAAUGUCCUAUGGAUUUAUUAAGUGUGACAAAAACUUUCAUGAGAAUUCGCAUCUCAACUGUCAUCAGGCAGUUGAAACAAAUGGAAAAUCAUGUGAAUGUAAUGGAUGUAGAAAAUCUUUCUACCAUAAUUCUGCCCUGACUGCAUAUCAGAGAAUUCACAUGAGUGAAAAUCUAUAUGAAUGUGAAGAAAGUCAAGUUUUCUCCAGUAAGUCAAAACUCAAGAAACAUGAGAAAAUUCACAUUGGUGAGAAUCCUUGUGACUGUAACACAUGUGGAAAAACUUUUCACGAGAAUUCAAACUUCAGCAAGCAUAAGAGAAUAUAUAUGGAAUAUGGAAAAGGUUUUAACCAAAAGUCAAACCUGAAGAGACAUGAGAGAACUCACCCAGGUGAGAAACCAUAUGAAUGUAAAGAAUGUGAGAAAGCUUUUAACCGAAAGUCAGCCCUCAACAAGCAUCAAAGAAUUUACAAAAAUGAGACACGAUAUGAAUGUAAGGAAUGUUCAAAAGCUUUUAAUGAAAACUUGAUCCUCAGUGGGUAUCAGAGAAUUCAGACAGGUGAGAAACCAUAUGAAUGUAAGGAAUGUGGAAAAGCUUUUAAACAAAAGUCGAUCCUCAGUGUGCAUCAGAGAAUUCACACAGGUGAGAAACCAUAUGAAUGUAAAGAAUGUGGAAAAGCUUUUAAUCAAAAGUCAAACCUCAGUAUCCAUCAGAGAAUUCAUGCAGGUGAGAAACCAUAUGAAUGUAAAGAAUGUGGAAAAGCUUUUAAGCAAAAGUCGAUCCUCAGCAUGCAUCAGAGAAUUCACACAGGUGAGAAACCAUAUGAAUGUAAAGAAUGUGGAAAAGCUUUUAACCAAAAGCCAAUCCUUAGUAAGCAUCAGAGAAUUCACACAGGUGAGAAACCAUAUGAAUGUAAAGAAUGUGGAAAAGCUUUUAACCAAAAGUCAUCCCUCAACAAGCAUCAGAGAAUUCACACAGGUGAGAAACCAUAUGAAUGUAAAGAAUGUGGAAAAGCUUUUAACAAAAAGUCAAACCUCAGCAUCCAUCAGAGAAUUCACACAGGUGAGAAACCAUAUGAAUGUAAAGAAUGUGGAAAAGCUUUUAACCAAAAGUUGCACCUCAGCGUCCAUCAGAGAAUUCACACAGGUGAAAAACCGUAUGAAUGUAAAGAAUGUGGAAAAGCUUUUAAGCAAAAGUCAAUCCUUAGUAAGCAUCAGAGAAUUCACACAGGUGAGAAACCAUAUGAAUGUAAAGAAUGUGGAAACACUUUUAACCGAAAGUCAAACCUCAGCAUCCAUCAGAGAAUUCACACAGGUGAGAAACCAUAUGAAUGUAUGGAAUGUGGAAAAGCUUUUACACGAAAGUCAUUCCUCAGCAUGCAUCAGAGAAUUCACACAGGUGAGAAACCAUAUGAAUGUAAAGAAUGUGGGAAAGCUUUUAACCAAAAGUCAUCCCUCAACAAGCAUCAGAGAAUUCACAAAAGCGUACCAUAUGAAUGUAAGGAAUAUUCAAAAGCUUUUAGUGAAAAGUCAAACCUCAGCAUCCGUCAGAGAAUUCACACAGGUGAGAAAACAUAUGAAUGUAAAGAAUGCAGAAAAGCUUUUAACCAAAAGUCACACCUCAGCAUGCAUCAUGGAAUUCACAAAGGUGAUAAGCUGUAUGAAUGUAAUGAAUGUGGAAAAAGUGUUUUUUGUUUGUUUGUUUUUUUGACAAAGUCACAGUUUAGAAAACAUCAGGGUACUCACACAGGAAAAAACUCCUUAUCAAUGUAAUAUGACAGGCCUUGUAGUGAAUUCCUCCUAACAGACAGAAAAGAAUUCACACAAAGGAAAAUCUCAGUGAAUGUAAUUUGUAUGGGAAAAGAUUUUGCCAGAAGUCAUACCUCAAGAAAUCAGAGAACUUAUAUCAAGAAGACCUAUAAAUAUACAGUUCUCCACAGGUAUUGGAGAUUGUCUUGAGGAUCCCCUAUUGAUAUAAAAAUUUGCUGAUGCUCAAGUCCCUUGUAUAAAUGGUCUAGUGUUUGUGUAUUACCAAUUCACUUCCUGAUGUGUUUUUUACAUCUUGUGUAGAUUACUUAUAAUAAUGGAAAAAAUGUGACUACUAUGUGAAUAGUUGUUAUACUGUGUUGUUUUGCAGUUGUAGGAUUGUUUCAUUUAUUUACAUUUUUAUUUUUGAGGAUUUUUGAUAAGUAGUUGCUUGAAUCACCAGAUUUUUAACCAUCAGAUAUGGAGGGAUGACAGUAAUGAGUCUGAAAACAUCUUUUCUCAGAAGUCUCAAGGCUGGCUGUGGUUAGAGCAUUUUUACGUAUAGCCUUGUGCUCAUAACACAAAGGAACCCCAUACAAGCCACAUACAAAAAAAAUAAAUAAGCAAAAAUAAAAAAGGAAUCACAUCAUAGCAGGCAUUAGACAAUUUACAGAGGGGAGAAAUUCUGUAUGGAUUGGACUGUGUCUUUUUAAAAUAAAACCACUCUUUUUUCUUGUAUGCAAUCUGAGCAUUCCAUGAUUGGGUGGAUGACUGCGUAAUAUAACUCUGUUCGGGGGGAAUGUAGAUAUAACUGAUGAAUAUUACUUCCAGUUCAGGCACCAAAAUAAAAAUUUCCAUUCAGUUCCUGAUUUCUCAUGUUCUAUGGGACUGAAUGAAGAUGACUCUUGGAUGGAGUUGGAGACCACAGGUGGGAGCAAUCCACCCCAAUUUAAAAUAGAAGGGAUUAAAGAAAUCAGAGAUAUUCUCACCACCGUCUGAAAACCUCCAUUUAUACAUUAUAUAAGAAAUGAUUUCCUUUCUGAGCCGUUGUGUGUGUGUUCUGUUUGCAUCACAACACAUCCAGCCCACCCCAGCUAAAUGAUUUUAUAAACUUUCUGAGAGAAGUUACCAGUCCUUGUAUAUGGGAAGAGAAUCCUGUGUUGUCACCUUUUAUACCCAAAUCAGUUUAUGGGAAAAUCAAAUUAUGGGGAGAAACAAUGCAGUAAAUAUGGGAUAUCU